AUGACAAUGACUCCUGGUGAUUUGAUCCUGAGGCUACUGUUUGUGCUCCAGACUGGGAUUGGGGUCCUGGGGAACACCUUUCUUCUCUUAACCUACACCUCCACAGCCUGCACCGGCCAGGCACCCAGGCCCACACACCUGAUCCUCACCAACCUGGCUGUGGCCAAUGUCUUCUUUCUUCUCUUCAAGGGGAUCCCUCAGAUGAUACUUAUCUGGGGAGUGACACACACCCUGGGAAAUAUGGGGUGUAAACUUGUCACUUAUUUCCACAGAACGGCCCGGGGCCUUUCUCUCUGCAUUACUGGCCACUUGAGCAGUUUUCAGGCCAUCACCAUCAGCCCUAGAACCGGGGGGUGGAUGAAGCUCAAAGAUGCAGCCUUGAAGAAAGUCGGCUUCUCCUGCUUUCUCUGCUGGAUCUCCAACCUGCUGAUAAACCUCUUUGUUCCUGUACGUGUAGGGGCCCUUCAGCAUAGCCACAAUGCUACUAGGAUUCCAAACUUUGGACUCUGCUCUACUUCUAAAAAGCAUACAAUGUCUGAUGCUGUGAUUUAUGUAAUUCUAAUGACUUCCUCAGAUGUUGUGUUCAUGGGACUCAUGCUUGGGGCCAGUGUCUACAUGGUCCUUCUCCUGCACAGACACCACCAGAGAGUGAGGCAUAUUCACACCCUCAGCACCUCCCACAGAUUCUCCCCUGAGGCAAAAGCCACUCAGACCAUCCUGCUUCUGGCAACCGCCUUCAUUUUCUUUUACUUCAUCAAUUCUAUCUUUAUCAUUUAUCAUUCUGUUUUUUCCAAAUCUCACAUCUGGCUGCAUCAUAUGACCACCUUUCUGGCAGUGUGUUAUCCCACCGUGAGCCCCCUAAUACUGAUCCUUCGAGAUCCUCAAACUCUAAGUUUCUGCUCUUUCAUGUGGAAAAAAAAAGUUCCAAAUUACUAG